CCUGGUGAAGGUGAUCACCGUCGGAUUUCCUAUACUACCCCUGACGUCUUCCAACCUUUACAUUUCCGCCACUGUCUUUUCACUCUACAAUUCUUCUUCGUCUCCAUCUGAUUCUUCGGUUCGCGUUGUGGGUUCUUCUUUGGAUGAUUUAGUAAUCUAAAAAGUUUCAAGAUUUGGGAUGAAAUCGUCGACUCGGCUUGAUUCUGUUGUGUUUCAGCUCACUCCCACUCGAACCCGGUGUGAUCUGUUGAUAAUAGAUGAUGGAAAGACUGAGAAGAUAGCAACAGGGUUACUUGAUCCUUUUCUUGCUCACCUGAAGACUGCACAAGAUCAAGUUGCUAGAGGUGGCUACUCCAUUGUUCUCAAGCCUAAGGAUAGUGACAGUGCAUCUUGGUUCACUAAAGCAACAAUUCAAAGGUUUGUUCGGUUUGUGAGCAAUCCGGAUGUCCUAGAACGUGUUUACACUUUAGAAACUGAGAUCAUCCAGAUCAGGGAAGCAAUUGGUAUCCAGAACAACUCUCAAGUGGCAUUAACUGUUGUGAAAGACAAUCUACGAGCAAAAAGAGCAGAGAAAAAGAGUACACAAGGUGGUAGUAGGCCAUUGAUACAUCACAACGAGGAGAAAGCCAUUGUCCUUUACGAGCCUGAUUCGCAUCCAAAGCAACCAAAUUUGUCUACCACAUCAGAUGAAAACUCUAAAGUUCAAGUUCUGAAAGUUCUGGAGACAAGGAAGAAAAUGCUGCAGAAAGAACAAGGAAUGGCUUUUGCACGUGCCGUGGCAGCCGGUUUCCAAGUUGAUGAUAUGCUGCCUCUUAUAUUUUUCGCCAAAUCCUUUGGAGCCUCACGUUUGAUGGAUGCCUGCAUAAGAUUCAUGGACCUGUGGAAGAAAAAGCAUGAAUCUGGUCAGUGGGUUGAUAUCGAUGCAACACAGCCAAAUGCUACUAAUAAUAUGCGUAGGAACUCGUGGCCUGGGACAACUGAGAAUAAUAAUGAUGUGAAGUCUCCUACAGAUAAUAAAGGAAAUGUAAAUCAAGAACAUGUGCCAAUGUAUGUUCACUCUCCGCCAGGGACCUUUCCUGUGUUUCAAGGUUAUGCAAUGCAGGGCAUGCCGUACUACCCGAACUAUCCAUAUCCAUCUCCCUAUCUCUCAACCGAUGACUCUAGACGUAGCUCUGGCCAAAGAAAGGCUAAGAAACAUCAUUCUUCUUGUAGCAGCGAGGACUCAGGUUCAGAAGAUGAGAAAGGAAAAUCAGGUAGGAGAAGGAAAUCAGGGAAGGUGGUGAUUCGGAAUAUAAACUUCAUUAAUUCAAAGAAGCAAGAUCAUUCAGGAACAGAAUCUGAUGCUGCUGAAGAAGGAGAAGAAGGGGAAAUAGUAGUAGAAUGUUACAAUGAUGGUAAAGAGAGAGAAACAAAAGGGACAGAAGCUGGCACUGGGGAUUGGCAGGCCUUUCAAACUUUAUUGUUGCAAGAUGCUGAUAGAGAAGAACGUACCUUUGACCCUAUGAUGGAGAAGAAGAAGAAGCAAGGUACAGGGAAAUAUGAUCCCUUGGCUUAUGAUGAACGUGAAUCAGAAAAAUAUAAAGAAAGGGUGGAUACAACUGACAUUCGGAAUGGAACUGUGACUGGUAGAGUCAGGGGAUCUAGUGACUCUUUUAUGGUUCACCAGAGAGAAAAUGGUUUUGAAAAUCCUCUCAACUUGAAUGGUUUUGAUAAUCCAAGGAAUGGUUUGGAUAAAAGAUCAUCAGUAGUUAACAUGGAUGAUGAUUCUUAUAUUGUUACUCGGGAAGCUGCUGGAAGCAGUACUCGAAAUGCUUUAGACAUUGGAUCAGAGAUCUCAUCGUACCACCAAGCUGAUGGAAAUGAAAGAAACAAGAUCAAUUAUGAGCCUCAUGAUCUGAGCCUGAUACCAGAGCGAGAAACAGAGAAGUUAUCAGCUGGCUAUGAUCCUGCACUAGAUUUUGGAUCCAAAGCUUUAAAGAAAAAGAAUAACCAGGAAGCUGGAGUUGCAAAGAAGUCAGUGAGAGAUCAUCCAACAUCAAGACUUUCUAAGGAUGCUGCAGAUAAGAGGAAGGCUUCAGGGGUAAUAGGAAAAGGAAGACCCACAAAGAUGAGCCCUUCAGAUGAAGCAAGAGCAAGAGCUGAUAAGCUUAGAAAUUUCAAAGCUGAUCUUCUGAUCAUGAAAAAGGAAAAGGAAGAGGAAGAGAGGAAACGCAUUGAAGGUCUGAAAAUAGCAAGACAAAAGAGGAUUGCUGCUAAAACCAACUCAACGGUAGGCCAGUCACAGUUAUCUGCACAACAAACAAGAAAACAUUUGCCAAACAGGUUUUCUCCUGGGGCUCCUAGAGCAUCUAAGUUCAGUGACACAGAACCAGGAUCACUAUCACCUCUCCAACGCCGUCUUCCCAUAAGAAGUGCUUCUUUAGGCUCAAAUGAAUCUCAGAAAGUUGCCCAAAAUAGUAAACUGAGUUCCGGAAGUAAGUCAACAGGGGAUAGGCUAACAAGCUCGAUAUCACCGCUACCUUCAUCCAAGAGAGAAAACAUAGCUACCAGAAUCAGUCUUGAUAGUCAGAGCAAGUCAGUUUCAACAACAAGACGAGUAUCAGAACCUAAAAUGGGUAAUGCACCAAGUUCUGUAGUGAGAUCACUGCACACAAGACAAACAAGGUCGAUCUCACCGUUACCUCUUUCUAAGAGAGAAACCAGAGUUAGUCUUGAUAGUCAGAACAAGUCAGUUUCAAGGACAAGGCGAUUAUCAGAACCUAAAAUGGGCAGUGCACCAAGUUCUGCAGUGAGGUCACUGCGCACAAUAGCAUCCAAAAAAGCAUCUGAUGCUCCGGAGGUAAAGAAAAUAUCUGCCAUUGUUAACUAUGAUAUAGCGAAAAUCGCAUCUCUUCCAGAGCUGAAGAUAAAACCAUCCAAAGGUGCCAACAAUGUUCUAGUGAAAGGGGCAGAGAAAAUUAAAUCUUCAGUUUCUGAGAUUGAACCAAGUGGUAACAAGAACAAUGUUGUUGAUGAAACUCCAGUGAUUGAGAAGACAGUGGUGAUGGUGUUACCAAGUUCAGCUCGAAGUAUAAGUGCAGAUCAGACGAAACACGAGAAGUCCAAGGUAGCUGAUAAGAAAGUCAAUGAAACAAUGCAGGAGAGUGGCAAUGAUCUGGUAUUAGUUAGACCGGAAACUCUGAGUGACUUAAUAACAGAAACACCAAAGUUUCUGACAAUUCAAAGUGUUGUUGAGAAACCAAGUGAAGCUCCAGAUGCUCGGGUUUCUUCGUUGGAAGUUCCAGGUACAGUGUACUCAGAGUGUUCCCAAGAACCUGGACCAAGCUUUCAUUCAAAUGAAAAAGCGCAAGAAACUGUCAAAGUUCUUGCACCAGAGAAGAAGAUAAGUGAGGCCUUGGAGAAAUCUCAAACAAGGGAGUCAGCGACAAAAGGGCUCAGAAAACUGUUGAGAUUUGGAAAAAAGAGUCUGUCCUCGUCUAUAGGUGAAUACUAUACCAAGUCUAAUAAUGCUGCUUUCAGUAGCAACAAGGAUCAUGAACCAACUGUAACCUCUGCUACCACAAGCGAAGCUUUGACACUGAAGCAUCUCAUAUCUCAAGAUGAAACACCUACAGCAGCAGCAACUACUUCACAGAAAUCUUCUCGCCAUUUUUCAUUGCUGUCUCCUUUCAAGAACAAGAAGAGAGUAUCAUGAAGACAGAGAUCAAUCUCCAUUUACAGUCUUCAAAUCUUGUAGUGACUUAGUAUUUAUAAAGUAUCCAUCGAGCCUCGUCUGGGUCUUUAUGAAAACUUAAUUCCAAAUGCAAUGAGAUGGAUGCAAUAGUCAAUUGAUAUAGUAGGGUUCUUCUCUUUUCUUUUCUUUUUUAUAAGAAAAGAAAAACAGGGAAUUUAUUUUGGAUUUUGAUAUUCCACAUUUCUUAUUUUACUGCAGCUAUUAGAGCAUUA